AGACGCACAACCACCAGGCAGGAGCGACUCUGUUCAGUGACUAUGGAGCGACAAGACAUAGCUCAGACAGGGGACAUGUACGAGUUUGUGCAAGAGAUUUCUGGGAGCAGAUUUCUAAAUACGGUGUUUGUCUAUUAAAGGAGAGAAGAGAGGACGGUGCCAAUAGUAAACCUACUCAAAUAUCUUUUUAUGAGGAUGAAACUAAUGUGAGUCUUCAAGUGAUUCAGUCUGCAGCAACACCAAGAAAAUGUAUCAUGAGAAGACAAUGCUGAUAACGAAUGCAAGACAGACCUGAGCUUACUGCCUCCCUGUCCAGCAACAGUACUUUAAUGGUUGGAACUGCCCGCCCCAACCUACAUUACUGCCCUCGCAGACACAGCCUGAUGAUCACCGGUGCCAUGGGAGCGGUGCGAGUCAACAGAUACAGCAUCGUUUCCACUGAUGAAGAUGCCCUGAAGAUCUCCAGCCUGGGCCUCUACAAUGGCCACAGUCCUCUGACUCAGCAGACAUUAUCAGGGGCCUGUAUGCGGGGCGAAGAAGGUGGAGAGUGUCCAGGAAGUGAUGAGGGAAGAGGGGCUUUGUCCUUGAGAGUGACAAAUGAGCCAAUAGGCCACAACAGCUGCCGCGCUUCACCCUCGUGUCGCCUGGGCCUGGAUGUGGGCACUGGCCGCCUACGCAGCCGCUUUGUGAAGAAGAACGGUCAGUGCAAUGUAGUGUUCAACAACAUGGAGGAUAAGCCACGACGAUACUUGGCUGAUAUUUUCACCACCUGUGUGGACAUACGCUGGCGCUACCUGCUGCUCAUUUUCACCACCACCUUCCUUCUGUCUUGGCUGCUGUUCGGCCUGGUCUUCUGGGGUGUGGCACUCGCUCAUGGAGACUUUAACCUUCGUAUCCCUGUGAAGGAAGGAGAUCCUCGAAGCAACAUAGAGGAAGGAAAAGACGAAUGGCGGCCAUGUAUUCUCCACAUCCAGGGUUUUAUUGGGGCGUUCCUCUUCUCCAUAGAGACCCAGACCACCAUUGGAUAUGGUUUCCGGUGUGUCACAGAAGAGUGCCCUGUUGCUGUGGUGACCGUGGUGGUCCAGUCCAUCGUGGGCUGCAUUAUUGACUCCUUCAUGAUCGGCACCAUCAUGGCAAAGAUGGUGCGGCCUAAGAAGCGGGCGCAAACCUUGCUGUUCUCCCAUCAUGCCGUCAUCGCUCUGCGGGAUGGUAAGCUGUGCCUCAUGUGGCGCAUGGGGAACAUGCGUAAGAGCCACAUUGUUGAAGCACAUGUACGUGCUCAGCUCAUUAAGCCACAUGUGACGGCGGAGGGCGAGUACCUCCCAUUGGAGCAAACAGACAUUGAUGUCGGCUAUGAUGACGGGCUGGAUCGGCUGUUUCUUGUGUCACCGCUGGUGGUGGUUCACGAGAUCAACAAGAACAGUCCUCUGUAUAAGAUGAGCCGCAAUGACCUGCAGAAGGAAGACUUUGAAAUCGUGGUCAUCCUGGAGGGGAUGGUGGAGGCCACAGCCAUGACCACUCAGGCCCGUAGCUCCUAUUUGUCCAAGGAGAUCAUGUGGGGCCACCGAUUUGAGCCUGUGGUCUUUGAGAAGGGUGACCGCUACCACGUGGACUAUUCCCGCUUCCAUAAGACCUACGAAGUACCAUCUACGCCUCACUGCAGUGCCAAGGAACUGAGCCAGAUGACGGGUCGUGGCGGGCAGUCCUCAUCCUCCAGCUCGAGUUACUCCCAGUCUCCAUCACCAUUUGCCCCGAGGGCAGCCCAUCACCUACUUGGCCCUCACUCCCCCAGCGCUUUCUGCUACGAGAAUGAGGUAGCUUUGUGUUGUGGGGACGAUGAGGAUGAGGAGCAUGUGAAAGGAGACAGCCUAAAUGUAAGAAGUGAGAGAGAGGUAAAGAUGAGAGAUGACAUUCACUUGGGUUUCAAAGAGACAUUUGUGGAGGACCAGACGGUGGAGAUGCUAUGUGUUCUGGACUCAGAGAAUCAGAUCAGCCUUGACAGACUACAGCCCACCCUACCUUUGUACAUCAGCAGAGAGUCAGGAGUUUAAUCGUUCAUAAGGGCUGCGCUUUAAUUUGUUUCCUCUCUAUGUCUAUGUGCAUCCAACCAAAGUAUUAAACUGGUGUACAAAUAACAGAUUUUUGCAGCUGUCACAAACUCCACUCAGCUUCAAUUCAUAACUUGCUCUGGUUUCAGGUGUUGUACACUUUCUGUUGUAACAUCAGCAUCUAGACAACUCACAGCUUGUCUCUGAUCGGGCUUUCUUGUUUUGUUCAAUAUGACAGUGUAUGAUCUACAGUUAAGUCAAGCUUUUUGUUCUUGAUUUCCAUUCAGAUUUUGUAAAUAUGAUGAGCUUUUGUUUUGAUUUUUAAAUUAUUAUGCAUCAUAUACAGAUAAAUGUUAUAACAGAAAAAUCUAUUUAUUUAAAGGAACCAUGACAGAAAUACUCAGCUUCAACACACUUAUUUUUCUCUGCAUAAAAAUAAAUUAAUUAUGUAUUUUGAACUUCUGUCUUCCUGCCUGAGUUCUGUUUCUUUUCACAUUUAAUAAAUAAGGUAUUUUCUUUUUCUAAAUGUAUCGGUGUAUUCCAUGAUAGACAUCAAGUUCAAAUACAAAGAAGUCCUGAACCAUAAAAAAGGAAAUCAAAAGGUUAGUCAAACGUGUUUAAAUAAAGAACAAGCACUUUAUUCUUACUUUUAUCAAUAGAUACAAAAACUUUGCAACAGUGUGUUGUUUUGUAUGAAUA